CCGGCGGCCAUUUCCGCCUUCAAGUCGGUCGGAGCGCGUCUGGGACCGGCAGACCUGUCCCGGAGCGCGUAGACCCGCACGCACGCACGCGCCGCCCACGUCCUGCUUGCGAAUCCGGAGGCGACCCGUUCCAAUAAUGCCCCGGAAGGCAGCCAGUCCAGAGGAGGCGGCGGGGGAGUCGGGUCCUGAGGAGAUGGAGGCUGGGCGGCCGCGGCCGGUGCUGCGCUCGGUGAACUCGCGCGAGCCCUCUCAGGUUAUCUUCUGCAACCGCAGCCCGCGCGUCGUGCUGCCUUUGUGGCUCAACUUCGAUGGCGAGCCUCAGCCCUACCCGAUCUUACCACCGGGCACCGGCCGCCGCAUCCACAGCUACCGAGGUCAUCUUUGGCUCUUCAGGGAUGCGGGGACCCAUGAUGGACUUCUGGUUAACCAAACGGAACUGUUUGUGCCAUCCCUCAAUGUUGAUGGACAGCCUAUUUUUGCCAACAUCACAUUGCCAGGAAUUACAGGCUUAUGCCACCCCGGUGCUCUGUGGUGCUGGGAUCACUCCCUCAGAGGUCUGUGUGCUCUUCCAGCUGAUGUCUUGACUGAGUUGUAUACCCUGAAAGAGCGGUGCCUUCAGGUUGUGCGGAGCCUGGUCAAGCCCGAGAACUACAGGAGGCUGGACAUCGUCAGGUCGCUCUAUGAGGAUUUGGAAGACCACCCAAGUGUGCGGAAGGACAUACAGCGACUGAGCCAAGAGCACCUUGAGAGUCAGCACCUGGAAGAGGAGCCUUGAAGGAGUCCAUUGAGAUUAAGUGGUCCUGUGUUUCAACCUUGAUGGUCUGAGAUUGAUCUACACAUAGGACAGGUCACUUUCUUUCGGUUUUAAAAUGGUUCAUUCUUGGAGUAAAACUAUCCAUCACGUAAAAGAAAGUUAACUAACAUCCCUGGGCUUUGUAGUGUUUAAGAAUAAACAUGCAAAGUGCCACAGCAUCUGCCCUUUGUAGAGCACUCACCCGAGGAAGACGUUUUCAGUUUUGCUUCCUGGUGAGGCUGGAAGUUGAGUGUAAGGAUGUAAGCUCCCCAGCAGGAGUUGCACUGCGUCCUUUCAUUUGAGCAGAGGGCCCCCGCCUCUUGCUUGGGAAGGCGGAGAAGGCCCUUCCAAAAUGCUGGGACAGACCUCCUGUGGAGGUCCACUGCCUAAAGCGUGUGGAGUCUUCAGUCAUGAAUGUUGGAUGAAGAAACCAUUGAGUGCUUGGUGGGAGAGUUUGGAGGGCCUGGCUCUUUGUCUGCGGAGAGCCUUAAGUGUUCAUGUAAGGAACAGCUUAGCAGUUUCUGAUUUUCCAUGUCCCAGCACUUUCUACUUUGUUUUUUAUUUUAUUUUUGAGACUUUUGUAUAGCCCAGGCCAGCCUCAGUCACUCAGCAGAGGAUUCCUGACCCUCUGGGAGUAUGUCCCCUGCUCUAGCAUUGGGAACACACGUGUGCACACAGCCUGCUCUGCUCUUCCUUUUCCCAUGUUGAGACGGGCUCCUGCUGUAGUCCUGCCUGUCCUGGGCUGGAGUGGGUCCUGCCUCCUGGCUAACCGUCUGGCUGCUUUCUAAGCUGGGGGACUUCCCAUACUCACUGUUAGAGACAGCAGAGAAGACCCAUCCUUGUGUAAGUCUGGUUUUGAGAGCUCCUGUCUCUGAGGAAGCUGUUGGCAGGAGCAGGGAUUUCUGUUCCUUCUUGUCAGCCCCUAGCUUUCCACUUUGCUUUGGCAGGCGCUGGUUCUGCUUUGAUUGUAGAUGGAAAUGAAGCUCCGCUCAGCCACAGACUCCAGACAGUGGGUCACAGAGCAGUCUGGAAUGUGUAGUAGUCUUAUGGAUGGUCACAGCUUUUCUUACAUAUUCAUAUUCUAUCAAACAUUUUGUAAAAUAUAAUUUUUUAUUUGUUUUUAAUCCCCUUAGCAGAGAAAAUAAAAGUAGAGAAGCCUGGGUAUUGUGUACACAACAGAAAGGUCGGUCAGCUAAAGGGAAGCAGAAGGGCUCUUAUGCACUCUCAGCUCCAUGCAACCCCUGUAACUGGCCGCAUAUGUAGGGCAUAUUUUAAUUGGUUAAAGCAGUUUGUUGUAGCUGAGGUCAUAAGGUAUAUACAGUUUUGUAUCCUGAUUUUUCACUGAACUUCAUUGUUUUUUGUUUGCUUGCUUUCCCCUCUUCUUUGUUUUUUCAGUUUUUUUUGUUUUGUUUUGUUUUAUUGAAACAGGGUCUCUCUGUAGCCCAGGCUGUCCUAGAACUCCCUUUGUAGACCAAACAACUGAUUACUGGCCUCAAAUGAGAGAUCUGUCUCUGCCUUUCCAGUGCUGGGAUUGGAGUAGGCCUAAUCUCCCUCUAACUUCUUAGCUUGUCUUUUCCAUGUUACUACACACACUGUGUAAAUACCAGUGUGCUAUCCUCCUCCGUUGAGGGUGACUGUUGGGAGGAUUUGUUUAAAUCCUGGGCUCCUUGAGUGCAGACUGAUGCUCCAAGAUCAGCAAAAUGACUGAACUAAAUCCUAACCCUUCCCAGUGGCCUCUCAGUGUCUCUUCUUAGUCUGCAGCAUUCCAGGAGGGAAGUGACCACAGACUGUGGGGGCCUGUGUAGGGGAAGUCAGCAGGUGCCAAGCUAUUGCAACAUUGGUUUUAUUUUUUUUAAACCGAUCUCUGUCUCUAAAAGAUGUGAUGUUUGUGUUAUUCAACUGGAAGUUUGAAUGCUGUUCUCUGUGCUGUCUAAAAAGUGAAGACUUAUGAAAUGAGUCACUUGUCCUGGGACAUCCUGUAAUAAGUUCCUCGGGCUGUGUUUUUCUCCUUUUUCUGAAAAAAGCUGACCUUUUUAGUACAAUAAACGGUGCUAAGUGAAGGAA